UCUAACUGCUCCAGUAACAAGAGGCACGCUUCAGGAGCUCGGUGCAAGUGAAUUUUAAUAAUUAGUGUAAUGUACGAAAUUUCAUAAGCGACUGCGGUUUUAUCCUUUGAGUUUUUGCACUGUUGUAUUCUGUAAGAGAAAGAGGCUUGUUAAGUGUCUCUCCUCUCCUCUUGCUUGCAUCUUCUCUCGGUAUGGCGGAGCACAUGAUGGUGUCGAUGAAUCCCGGGCGGUUUCCUGAUGCUACGAACGGACUCCAGACUUACCGCAUGGGGAUAAACGGACUGCAGAGCCCGCAACACCCUCAACCCGGAUUAAGGCGAGACCACCCCGGCGCUCAGCUCCUGCACUACGGAGGGGCCAGUAUAGACUCGAACGGGGGUAUGAGAGCUCGUCCCGGGGUGAGCAGCCUGCCCGGACAGAUGACCCACCACCCAAUGUCAACCAACGUGAUGUACAGCACGCAGCAGCAGCAACAGCAACAGUUUCUGGGGACUCUGAGCCCUCAGCAGCUCAUGGCUACUAUGCAUUUGCAAAAACUGAACAAUCAAUACCACAAUCACCCGCUGAUUGGGAUGAAUAACGGGAUGGUCAGCACCAGCCAACAGUACCGGAAUCCCAUGAACCCGACCCCUCUGCCUGGGAUCCAACACGUUGCAGCCCCCUCCCUCUCCCUGAACGUUAUGGACACCGACCUCAUUGAUGAGGACGUAUUAACAUCUCUGGUGUUGGAGCUCGGCUUGGAUCGCAUUCAGGAGCUCCCGGAACUCUGGCUGGGACAGAAUGAGUUCGAUUUCAUUUCAGACUUUGUCAACAAGCAGCAGCCGAGCACCGUGAGCUGUUGAGAACGGCCUGCCCCUUUUCUGUUUGUUUUAGCCGGGGAAGGAGGGAGGGAACGGGUGGGAGAGGUAACCAGUCAGCUCCUGAAAACAAGUCCUCCUAAACCUGGCAGCAGGAAACGAAAAGGGGACGGCCUCAUCCUUUUUUUAAGGGGACGUGGACGCUGCCCACCUCUAUACGCCUCGGCAUCACUGUUGUCCCUUUAAACACGCAGCUGUCCUUUUUCGGAGUGUAUUAUAUUUUUUUUGAGGGUCGGUUGAGGUGAGAAUGUUCAAACGACUUGGAACCGAGACUAAUCCAGUUCUCAACAAAAGCAAAUCAUUCCCAAGCAAUUUUUUUCCCUUUUUCUUUUAAUUACAACAGCGUCGGUGCACUUUCAAUCUGAUCGUUUUAACUAUGCCGAUUGGCACGGUGACUUGUCUGCAGUUUUGAUUGUAAUAUGAUUGAAAAUGCUUUUUGAUUAGAACAUAGCCAGCAACUUUGGG